AUGGAGUGGAUCACAGUCAAGGCAGACAACAUAGAUGGCGCAGCAGAGCGGAUAAUUGAUUUUUUGGAGCACACAGACAAGGCAGGAAAUGUAAUAUACUUCCAUGGCUGGGGUGGAUGGGGAGCGUCUGCUGUACUCAAAGAGGUCGCUAAACGACUAACAUCAUCAUCAGGAUGGGCUGAAACUGGGACAGCAAGGGGUUUGGGAAAGAUCAUCAACAUCGAUUUCUUAAGGUGGCAGGGCAAGAGAUCCCUGCAAAAGCAGAUUGCCGAGGAGCUGAAGCUACCCAAUCAGGUGAUGGCCUUAUUUGACCAGCUUGAUGAGAAGGAUGACCUUGAUGGGGUGAAGCAGAGUUCUAGAGGUGUGAUUCCCUAUGUCAGGUUAGCAAUCAUGAAUGAACUUAGCACCCGCAGAUUCCUUGUGAUUCUGUACAAUGGGAGUGGCAGCUACAUCGAUCUAUGGGAGGUCGGUGUCCCUGUAAUCGGCGAUUUGGGCAAGAGGGUGCUGUGGACAUCCCGGGGCAGGUUCUGGCAUCAUCUCACAGAAGGGCAUGGAAUAGAGAAGGAUGUGGAGGAGUUAGCUGGGUUGAGUGAUAUAGCUAUAUCUGCUGUUUUAUCAGGUUAUGACGAGAACGAUGCUACUACGCUUGAUACCAUAAGGCACCUUGUUUAUGCAGAGGCUGCAGAGGUUGCAAAAUGCAUGGGUGUCCCUGAACCUGACAUGAGCCAGAAGAUUGUCAUGGAAUGCAUCUUGUAUAGGGCACUAAUAGGCAAUGACCACAACAUCAGCUGGGAGUGCCAUGCUUCCAACUGCUGGGUAUGUGAUGGAAUCAUACAGGAUGCCGCUGAUGGUAGUAAAUCAGCAUGGGAGAUUGGCGACGCUUUGCAGAUGAACGUGAACUUGGAUUUGCUUAACUGUUGUGUUAAAGUGAUCUGUAAACUGCUGGAACAGUGGAAGCGUAUGGACCACUGGGUUUCAGUCACCUCCCAAACCACAAUGGAGGUCCAAGUGCCAUCUCAGGCAACAUCCUUCUUCUGGACAGGAGGUGGACUAGAAGCUUGCAUGUUUGAACAUUCUAAUAAGACAAGUCUGCGUGUGUUACAUCUCUCCCACUGCACCUUCAGUUUUUCAUCUCCUCCCUUCCUGAGAUGCAGUCACCUAAGAUUCCUCCUACUUGACCACUGCAAAAACAAGGAUGCACAGGAUGACGGUGAAGAAAAUAACUGCCAUCAUCAUAGCCACCAUAGCCAAGAAAACGGUGGAGCAUGGUUUCAGAAUUUAUGGGUGCUGGAGCUAAGUUAUACAGAUUGGUAUUGGCUACUGUCAAAUGACAUGUUGGAUCUUAUGUCUGACCUUAGGGAGCUGAAUGUGAAAGGAGUCGGCAAUCAGAGCAUGAGCCACCUUCAUCGUUGCAGUGGUCCCAGAAGCAACAGCCGUAAGCUGCUCAAGCUUCGAGUGGUAGCUGAAUCAUAUAAGGACAAUGGGCACGAUGGUGCUGGCGGUGAUAGAAUUCAACAAGAAUCACCUAUGGUAGCAUCGUUCCCAGACCUGUCAAGUUGGCACAUCCUCAAGACAAUCGUCCUUGAUGGUUGUGGUGAUCUUGAGAUAAUUGGCUCAGAUGCCUUGCCCCUGUCACUAUAG